AAACUCUAACUCAAGAGCUUUUAAAAAGUUUAUCUUCCGAAAGAAAGAGAAAGAGGAAAAAUCGAGUAAUUUGUAACCGGAGAAGAAGCGGCUAAGGAAAUGAUAACGAGUUGUAUUGGUUGGGCACCACCGUCAUCUUCGCCGUGUUCUCAUUUUCAACCUAAGCUCCACCAAAUCCAACUAAAACCAUCUUCGUCUUCAUCAUCGCUUUCGUUUUCACGCUCAUUUCCCUCUUUACCAAUCUCAACCACUACUCUCUCUCCCGUAAACCCUACCAAUUUCAACGGUUCGUUCAUUCGAGCUGCUUGGACCCGAAGAUCUCGAGGUGAAGCUGAAAAGAGACCCAACAGGAAAUCAUGGAAGCAGAGAACUGAUAUGUACAUGAGACCGUUUUUAUUAGAUAUUUUCUUCUCAAAAAGAUUCGUUCACGCAAAAGUGACUCACCGGGGAACAAGCAAAGUGAUAUGUGCCGCCACCACAAACGCCAAGGAUCUUCGAAACUCUCUCCCAUCCUUGAUAGAUCCUGAAGCUUGUAGGAUAAUUGGAAAGCUUAUUGCAGAUCGAUCAAAGGAAGCUGAUAUAUAUGCUGUUGCGUACGAACCGAGAAAGAACGAAAGGAUUGAAGGUAGACUAGGAAUCAUCCUUGAUACUGUUAAAGAAAACGGAAUUCUUAUGGUUUGAGCUCAUUCCUGUAAACUUAUGUUGGUUUAGAAAUUGACAUCUUGUAUGUGUUGUUACAAAUUUUAUUUCUGUUAUGUGCACUA